GGGGCAGGAAGCAGAAGUGAUGUGAACGGUGGCUUGGGUGAUGAGCUGUGUGGUGAGCCUCCCCGGGGGCUGACACCACCAUUUCAGGAGCCUCUCGUCGGGGAGAUAGUGUCUGUGGGGGAGCGUCUCAACACAGGACUCCAGCUUCCUGAAGCCCAGACGCCCCCGUCUCCGAAGCUCCAUGGGUGCCUGUGUGCUCCUCCCAGGCCUCCUCCUCCUGCUGCUGCCCCGCCCCGCCCCAGCCCCCUGCCACACGGCCGCCCGCUCCGAGUGCCGCCGCAACCGUCCGUUUGUGCCCGGCUCAAUGCUGGCUGGGGAGGGCGUGGACGUGACCAGUCUCAGGCGCUCGGGCUCCUUCCCGGUGGACACAGAGAGCUUCCUGCGGCCCGACGGCACCUGCACUCUCUGCCACAACGUCCUGAAGCGGGGCGCCCUUCAGCGCCUCCCUCUGGCACUGACUGACUGGCGCGCCCAGGGCUCAGGCUGCCAGCGCCAAGUGGUCAGGGCCAAGGCCAGUUCCACCGAGGCCGUGGCCAGGGAAGCAGCCAGCAACAUCCGCAACGACUGGCGGGUGGGGCUGGACGUGUCUCCCAAACCCAGCGCCAACAUGCAUGUGACCGUGGCUGGCUCGCACUCCCACAUGGCCAACUUCGCGGCCCAGAAGACCUUCCACGACCAGUACAGCUUCAGCACUGACUUGGUGGAAUGUCGCUUCUACAGCUCUCACCUGGUACACUCCCCCCCACUCCACCCCAAUUUCCAGAGGGUCGUCAGAGACCUGCCCCCUGACUUCAACACCUCCACCGAGGCCGACUACCUCCGGCUCAUCUCCAAUUACGGCACCCACUUCAUCCGGUCCAUGGAGCUGGGCGGCCGGAUCUCGGCCCUCACCGCCCUGCGCACCUGUGAGCUGGCCCUGGACGGGCUCGGGGCCAAAGAGGUGGAGGACUGCCUGGCCGUCGAGGCCCAGGUCAGCAUAAGUGGCCGUGCCGACUCUUCAUCGGAAUUUAAGGCCUGUGAGGAGAAGAAGAAGCACCACAAGAUAACCACCUCCUUCCACCAGGCCUAUCGGGAGCGCUUUUCUGAAAUAGUUGGUGGCCACCACACCUCCGUAAGUGACCUGCUGUUUGGAGACCAGGCCGGGCCCGAGCAGUUCUCAGCCUGGGUGGCCUCGCUGCUGGACAGACCCAGCCUGGUGGACUAUACCCUGGAGCCUCUGCAUGUGCUCCUGGAGAGCCAGGACCCGCGGCGGGAGGCCCUGCGACAGGCCGUGAGCAAGUACGUGAUGGACAGGGCCCGCUGGAAGGACUGUAGCAGGCCUUGCCCCCUGGGGCAGAAGAAGAGCCCCCACAACCCAUGCCAGUGUGUCUGCCAUGGCUCAGCGGUCACCAACCAGGACUGCUGUCCCCGGCAGAGGGGCCUGGCCCACUUGGAGGUCAUGAACUUCCAGGCGUCAGGCCUGUGGGGAGACUCUUUCACUAGGACGGACGCCUACCUGAAGGUCUUCUUUGGAGGCCAGGAGCUGAGAGUGAGCACAGUGUGGAACGAUAACAACCCCAAGUGGAUGACGCGGCUGGACUUCGGGGACGUGAUCCUGUCCACGGGGGGGCCCCUGAGGGUGCAGGUCUGGGACCAAGACCACGGCUGGGACGAUGACCUCCUCGGCACCUGUGACCAGAACCCACGGUCUGGCUUGCACGAGGUGAGGUGUGGCCUGUCCCACGGUCACCUGAGAUUCUCCUACCAUGCCAAGUGCUUGCCUCACCUGAAGGGGGCCACCUGCCUGGAGUAUGCCCCCCACGGUCUUCUGGGGGAGCUUCCCGGAAACCGGAGUGGGCCGGUGUGGUGAGAAGAGCCAGCCUCGAGAGGACACGUGGGCCUGGCCUGAAGGGGUUCUCACAGAGGGAGCCAGGACCGAUGCUCAUAUACCCAUUAGAUGGAAAACUGAGGCUUACGUCCCCCCCCCCCCACCCCCGCGCUGUCCCCCAGUGAAGUGGCUGAAUUCACAGGCCGGCCCUGAGACUGCUGUCCAAACUGCCUUAGCCUCCUGAUUUUCUCGAGCCCUGGAAAUGAGCCGGCGCCAGGCCACCGCUUAGGCCAGGAGCUGGCUAGGAGACUCUUCCUCCCAGGCUACCUGGUAUCAUUGCACGGCUUCCUUUCGCAGCCCUUGCUGGCGGCCGAGUCCUUCAUCGAGUCGGGUCUGACCCUGCCCGCCCCAGCUGCUCUCCUUGGUCUGUCGUCUUUACGCACCAAGCUUUGCCCCUCCGGCAAAUCAAGGGCCGUCUGGACCUGCCUCAUGCCUGCACAGCCUGACAGAGGACUAAGAAACAUGACGUGACGUUGACCACGACGGUGACGGUUGUGGCAGAGGGGAGGAUGGGGCCCGAACGUGGUCCUGGAGACCAACUUCCACAUCAGCAAUCCUCUAGGACAGGCAGCUCGCCCUGGGGCAGGUUUCCACUUUGGCUGGAAAUGGGGGGGGACCCCAAAGAGUUUGCGUCCCUCAUAACUCUUAAUUCAAGAAACAGCAGCACAAGCUCAGUGAUCAGAGGCAACAGACACUCAGGUCCCGGCCGGGAGGCAUCAGGAAAUGGCGAGGACCAGGUGGAGCUGAAGAGCAAAUGCUUUAUCUAGAGGGGGCCGGAGGCUGUGUGCCCGCCAAGCAUCCCUGUGCAGGAACGUGAGUCCGGGGCUGGCAGGUCCUCCAGUUUCUGAAAGCAACCAGAAACCCCAACUUCACUUCUUUGAUUGUUGGCAAUGCAUCUCCCUUUGUAAAAAUAAACCCAGGGGCGCCCGCGUGGCUCAGUCGGAUGAGCGUCCGACUUCGGCUCAGGUCAUGAUCUCGCGGUCCGUGAGUUCGAGCCCCGCAUCGGGCUCUGCGCCAACAGCUCGGAGCCUGGAGCCUGCUUCGGGUUCUGUGUCUCCCUCUCUCUCUGCUCCUCCCCCCGCUCGUGCUCUGUCUCUCUCUCUCUCUCUGUCUCCUUCAAAAAUAAAGAAGCAAUAAAAAUAAAAAUAAACCUACAGGGCCAAACAUGGCCCAA